AUGCGGCUCACCGGAAAGGUUUUACGAGACCGCUUGGAUCGUUACAAAAGACGAUACUCUAAGACUAAGACCUGGCUAGGUGGGACUGGUGCAGGUACGACUGAAAAGCAGCAAGCACAAGGUAUCACUCUCAAUGACGUUUUAGAAAAGAAGUGUUCUUGCUUCCAUCAAAUGGAUGCCCUUUUCAAAGACAAACCAAAUAUCUCGGCUCUUGAAAUUGGCGGUUCUCAAAUAUCCAAGCCACUUUCUGAUUCUUCGGACAAUUCUUUGGACAAUUCUUUGGACGAUUCUUUGGAAGAUUCUUUGGACGAUUCUUUGGAAGAGCCUGACUCCAAUCCCGAGGCUCAAAGACAACCACUCGCGGACUCUGAUUAUUGUCGUCCAACCACCAUACACAAAUCACAUUCAGCCUUACAACGGUUCUUAGCAUCAGCUGCAGUCAAUGACAACUUCCCUGAUUACGACUUUCGCCCCCUGCCACCCCCAAUCGAGCCUCCAGCUGGCUAUAUAUGUGGUGACUACAUGGGUGGAAUUCAACAAAAUGUCUCGCCACUAAACAAAGUGCAAAAGCAAACAACUCAAAAGCGGCCUCCUCAGAAAUCCAGCACUUUGGCCGAAAAACGAUUGUCUCGAAUCACUUUGAAAUCAUCUGAUCCAAUUGAUAGUGAGGAUGAGAUGCUGAAUGAGAUAAUGGGUGAGAAUAUUGAUGAAGAAAGCAAUGGAAGUGAUACGGUUCAAUUCAAGAUCAGCCGUUUGGAUGAAAAUAAACGUACUGCAAAUGAGAACACCCGAGCAGAAUCAGCUGAACGUGUCAAGUUUGCUCGAGACCUUGCCUUGGGUGGAAAAACCCCUGAAGAGGUUCAAAAAUACAUUGAUGCGGUCUUUCCUCCGCCUCCACCUGUGCAAUCGACUUCCACUUCGAGCUCGACUUUUAUGUAA